GUGUGUUGGUGGAUGAAGGAGACGUGCUGCCCGGAGCGCUGCGGCUGAUGCGGGAACUGAGACCCAGCUGGGAGCCGGCCAGGGUGAAGACCAAGGUUCCUUUGCACAGAGCGAGUUGGGAUGAGUGCUGACAUCCUGCAUGGAGCAAGGCUCACCUGUCCCAAGCUGGCACAGCAGUUCCUUGGAAUCAGCAGCUCCCGUCCUCCUCCUGCAAGCCUCUGCCCAGGUGUGGGGUGCAGAAAGGAGGCAGCUGGGGGCUGCAGCGCCGUGGGAUGUCUUGGGAUUGGCAUGGAGCAGGCAGGCAGCAGAGCUGGAUGCACUCAACCACGCGUACGUGUGCAUGCAUGUCCUCUGAAGGCACACGCUUCCUGUGUGCCUGGAGUGCCAUUAAAAAUGUAUUAAUAGCCAAGUGUAAUUAAAUCCAAGAAGCUGCAGGAAAAUACAUACGAAAGGGCAGAUGGUAAGGGACAGGAAGCUUGGAGUUCGAGUUCCUCAGGCUGCAUAGUUGGGAGGGCAGGAAAUGUCCCAGGCGCUGUGCAGCACCUCGCACAGCUCUGUGGUGCUUAUGGGGAGCCUGAAAGGAGCAGGAGCACAGCUUUGUGGUGGCCAGGUUCUGCCCAGGAAUGGAGAGGAGUUUGCGUUCAGCAGCAGCUUGCGUGUGUUGUGUUUUUAAUUUAGAAAAGACCAAAAAAAAAAAAAAAAGAAGAAGAAAAAAAAAAGAAGAAGAAAAGAAAACUUAGGAGACAUCAAGGGGAAAUCCUCCGGUUGCAUUUCUCUCUGCAAGAGGUAUUGGGAGAGGAUUGGAGCGGUGCGUUGUUCUCAGCUGGUUCCUAUUAGCGUUCCUGUUAGCUUCCCUCUGCUGACUGGAGCAGUGCCUGGUUCACACCGCCUCGGUGUGCAGUGUUGGGGCACAGCUGCCUGCAGGGACUGUACCAGGCUGUGCCUGCAGCAUGGAAAACCCUCCCGGCGCUUGGGACAGGGUGCAGAAAAUAAGGAGGCCGGGUGCUCAUCCAACUGCCAGGCUCCUCAGCCCCAUGCACUGCAUGUUGUGCUGCUCCUCGUCCUUUUGGUUCUGCUCCCUGGGCAGCAGUAUCUCCAUGUUGGUGUGGUGUCACAGUGACUCAACCAGCAUAAAUAUCUCCGAAGGGAAGCAGCAACGCUGAAAGGAUUCAGGCAUGGCAGAGGGCUCUGCUGUCCCUCCUAGGAUUUGUUUUAGCUUUAACUUUGGCAGCAAGGUGCUCUGCUGCAAUGAGGGCCAGCGCUGCUGUGGUGUGGUUGGUGCUCAAGGAGAGCCAGCGUGGGCAUGGGGACACAGGGCUGCAGGAGGGGGCAAGCAGGCACAGAGCUGCACCUCUUCAGUAUCUUUGCACAAGGCUUGGGGCUGCUGCACAGCUCCUGGUGCACUCGCACUUGCUUUCCCCUUACACACACACCGUGCAUGGGCAUGCAGGUUGCUGCCGAGCCAUGUGCGUGCAAGUCUCCAAAAUCAAUGGCCUGGAAUUCAAAGGGGAUAAGGCUCUGUAAUCCCAUUAAAUCCACUGGAAAGGGGUGAUGGGGCCAUGAGGCAGCAAAACAAGGCACUGCGUGUGGACCUGGCAUGGAGGCAGCGCUGAGCACCUCGAGGAGGAGCUGCUCACCUGUAGGUGCACACGUGCAGCUGGCAAACGUUGGCACAGCACUGCAGCAUGUGCUGCACGCUGCAUUACUGGAGCCUGGCAGGGCAAGAAGAGCUGAAAUCGUGGUGGGAACACAGAUUGGCCGGGUAGGAACUGCAGCUUGGUUGCUUGCAGCAUCACCCUGCCCAGCUGCAGGUAUGAGGAUGAUGGACACCGCAGCCCGUUGCGCCUGGCUGUGUAAUUCCAGUGCAGAGUUUCCCUCGGCAGGCUGCACAGGGAAGCCCUAUAUAUAGGCACCCCACAUAGGAGCGUGAGUUGCCGAGUGAGCCAGCUAAAAUUAGCUGUCCCACCCCCGAGCAUCGCUGCUCCCUACCACGCACCCUCCAGCAUCGCACCGGCUCCGUCUCGCCAAACAGCGAGGAGACGAAGGGAGAAUGCACCGGGGAUGCUUCCCCUCUCUGUGGCUGAGCAUCCUGCCUUUGUGAUGGGAACCCAAACCCCUCGUGAUACCCAUGGAGAUGGCGGCUGCUCCGUGCUGCGGCCCAGGGCAGGGUGAGGACCCCGGCGCUGGAGGAACGGGGCCCGCAUGUGCGCGGGCAGGCGGCCAAAUCGGGGCUCCGGGAGAACAAAACUCUCUUUCCAUCUGUGAGGAACCAUCAGAGCAAUGACAAGAGACGUCCCCAGCAGAGACGUCCCUGCCUAUCAGCGACUCGUGGCCCCGCGGGGUGGGUCAGGAGGAGGAGAUGGGGUGGUGGUGUUUGCUCAGCCUUGUUUGCUGUGCCAUCGGUGGUUUCUGCCAAAAGGUUUUUUUGGGACCGGUUCCCAGGGUCGCUGAGAUGCAGGCUGAGCUCGCAGCACAUCUCACCGCCCCUGAGCAACAAGGAGAAAAACAGCAGUGAGUUUCCCCCCAGAAACGCUCACGGUUUGGUGCAGCUGAAGCCUUGUGCCCAUGCAGGUUGUGCCUGACCCCGUGCAAUCUUGUGCCACCUCCCACAGCAGCUUUUCCUGCUGUCCUGCUGCUCCGUGUUCCCCUUUCCCCAUUGCCUAUAACUGCCACUGCUGUAUCUGUGCCAUGAGGAAGGGGGUUCCCAGUGCCCACCCCGCAUGGCAGGGACGUGCGGGCAUCGCUCUGCCGCCCCUUCUCCCCUGCAGCUCUUCACCGACGGCAUCACCAACAAGCUGGUGGCCUGCUACACGGACGAGGACAUGGCAGAUGCAGUGCUGGUCCGUGUCUAUGGCAGAAAGACGGAGCUCUUUGUGGACCGGGAGACGGAGCUGAGGAACUUCCAGGUGCUGCAUGCCCAUGGCUGCGCCCCUGACCUCUACUGCGCCUUCCAGAAUGGGCUCUGCUAUGAGUUCCUGCCUGGCAUCGCCCUGGGGCCCGACCACGUGCGGGACCCCCGCAUAUUCAGGCUGGUGGCCCAGGAGAUGGCCCGGGUGCACACCAUCCACGCCAACGGGAGCCUCCCCAAACCCAUCCUCUGGCAGAAGCUGCACAAAUACCUCACCCUUGUGAAGAUGGACCUCAGCCCAAAGGUACCCAACCCCAGCCUCCACCAGGACGUGCCCAGCCUGGAGAUGCUGGAACAUGAGCUGGCCUGGAUGAAGGACACACUCUCACAGCUGGGCUCCCCCGUCGUGCUGUGCCACAAUGACCUGCUCUGCAAGAACAUCAUCUACAACAGAGCUCAAGAGCACGUCCGUUUCAUCGACUACGAGUACACUGGCUACAACUACCAGGCUUUUGACAUUGGGAAUCACUUCAAUGAGUUUGCAGGUGUGAAGGAGGUGGAUUACCGCCUGUACCCCAGCAAGGAGACCCAGCUGCAGUGGCUGCACUCCUACCUGCAGGCCUACAAGCAGCUCACCCAAGGGGGGCAGGGAGGCAACGGGGUCACCGUGUCCGAGAAGGAGCUGGAGGCUCUCUAUGUGCAAGUGAACAAGUUUUCUUUGGCAUCCCAUUUCCUGUGGGCAUGCUGGGGCCUGAUCCAGGAUAAAUACUCUACCAUAGACUUUAACUUCUUAAGAUAUGCAAAGCUAAGGUUUAGGCAGUACUUCAAGAUGAAGCCGGUGGUCACAGCCCUGCAGAUCUCCAAAUAGUGACUCUGGCCCUUGGGACCCUGAGUUAUUUUGUCCUUGCUGCAUCCACAGCCCUGGCACCUCCCUCGCCUCCUCCCUGCCCAGGGGUGAGGGCAGGUCCCGACAGUGGGAAGGGGGAAGAGGAGCUUUACCCCAGCCACCGAUUAAAGGAGACCCUGGACAUACCCAAGACUGGACCAUGAGAUGCUCGAGAGGACCACAGAGAGGUCCCUACACAAGGACAUCUCACCACCGCCUUACAGCGAGCCUGGCUCAGCCCUGCUGCCCGGCAGCCCUGUGUCCUGCUGGCAUUGCUGCUGCUGGGCCUGGCACUGGGAGGAAAUGGGACCCCCCUCAUCCAUCCAUUCAGCACUGAGCACUGCUGGGUUGCUUUAGCUGCCCCGUGCUCACACUGUGCCUAUUGGCUUCACUGUUCCCUCUGUCCUCUCCGCCCUGCCUGCUCAGUACUCUCGCCCCUCAAAACCACCCUCCGUAGGUCUGUGUUCACCCCAGAGCUGGGGACCCUUUUCCAAGUGGGAUGGGUGCUGCUGCCAUCCGGCUCCAGGCUGAGCCAUAGCACUGCAAGGCAGCGAAGGCAGCAUCCUCAGCAGUGCUUCAAGCACUGCUCUGUGCUCAACCUGGGGCUGCUUCUCCCCACAGCCCCAUCAGCUUCACUUGCAGCAUCCCACAGAGCAGCAGGGGGGCUCCCAGCCCUGUCACCCCCCACGUCCUCCAGUAAUGGGGGGCUCAGUGCAGCCACGGGUAUGGAGUGUGGCUGCCCUAUCCCUGCACUCUUCCCCCCAUCAGUGCAGCCAGGCCCACGCGAGAUGCCCUGGCAGGAGAUGGAUGGAGCCGUGCUGUCCCUAGAAGUGGGCACAGCUUUGUCCUCAGCUGGCAUUUGGCUGCUGUCCCCUCUGCAAGGAUGAGCCCACCCCACUGAGCACUGCCCAGCUCAUGACAGCAGUGGUACAUCAGGUGGGGGCUGGGGGACACGGUCACUUGCCUUGGCUGCUUGGCAGAUGCCAAGGGACAAAGCAUCUGCCCCCUCUGCCAGGGCACAGGAACCUAACCCAGCAAAAACCUGUGACUUUUGUUGCAUCUGGUGUUUGUUUUGGUGCACAAUAAAAGCUGCUGGUAGCUGGAAA